AUGCUGUGGCAUUGGAUUGGUGCGCUUUUAUUGUUGUAUCUCUCAUCUGGGGAAAUAUGUGACUGGUUUAAAUACCAAGAUCCACAAGCCCGUUUCAAUGCAACGUUCAGGAAUUACACUUUGAAGGCUAUCAGUGAAAAGGUUGGAAAAAAUUUCUCGGAGAUCUUGACACACUACUCUUGCGACAUAGAACAAAUUGUGUGGCUUUUCGAUGGACACACUUACGGGCCUUUCUAUGGCCUCCAUCAACUUUAUUAUCCAAAUCAUCAGAAUAUAGCGAGUGCGGCUCUCAGCUUCGCUGAGAACAACUCACUUCAACUUUCUAUACUUACGUCCAAGAAGUAUUUUGAGUUUGGAUGCAACAACGGAACGCUGAAGACUUUUAAAAAUAUAUCCUACCUCACUUUUGAAAAUCAUCUUAAUUAUAAAACUCAACUUGGCUUUAUAUCAACCUUCUCGGAAGACGCUCCUGCAGCUAUGGAAAACGCUUUGUUGUGCGGCAAGAAAAAUGGGAAGCCGCCGAAGUAUAAUUGCCGUCUGGAGCAGGAAGCUCUGGCAAAAGCUGAAGAUUCUGAACUUCAAAUUACUAACCGUGGUUUCAUCGCCAUUGGAUACUAUGGCUCACAUUUGAUAAAGGAGCUCAUGCCUAUUUAUGUUGCGCACGAACUAGUUCGACAUUAUGAAAAUAAGACAAAGGCGAGUGAUUUUUUGUUACUUACUAUGUCAAGGACUGCAGCGAUUAUUGGUAAAGUGAAUGCAUCAACUGACUGUUAA